AUGAUUAUUAUUGUUGUUGUUGUUGUUGUUAACGGCGUGAUUUCUGACGUGUGCACACAGAUAUCGUGGAUGCGGAAGAGAGACUUGCACAUACUGACGGCAGGAGUGCUGACUUAUACCAGUGACCAGAGAUUCCAAGUCAUCCACCCGGAUAACUCGGACAAUUGGACCUUACUGAUUAAAUUUGCUCAACCGAGAGACGCCGGAAUCUAUGAAUGCCAAGUAAAUACCGAACCCAAAAUGAGUUUGGCAUUCCAGCUCAACGUUGUAGAGAUGAGGGCCAGGAUUUGCGGACCGCCUGAGCUGUACGUCAAGGAAGACAGCGAGGUGAACAUGCGGUGUGAGCUGAGCCAGGGCCCACAUGACCUGGGAACCAUAUUCUGGUACCUGGGUAACGUGCCCGUGUACACGGACCAGGCAAGUCUGCAGUCAAUCCGACAGCCGCGGGUCAGCGUUCACACCGAAUGGGUGGAUGGACUCAAGAGCACGCUGCACAUAGCCCGGGCCAAGCUUGCAGACUCCGGAAACUAUACGUGCAUGCCCACAUUUGGACAAUCAGCUACCAUAAACGUGCACGUGGUUAACGGUGAACACCCUGCAGCCAUGCAGCACGGCAACCGGAGUGCGGUCAGCGGCCAGAUGACCGUCCACGUGCUAGCCCUGUUCAGCCUGGUCAUAAUGCUGUCCAAUCCGGUGCUGUUCGGACACUGAGGAAAGCAAACCGAGGAUGCGAUGGCGGCGUCGCCGUCUUGUCCUGACCUCUCCUUCGAACCCCGAGCAUCCAUGUACCCCCGCCCACGCCGCCCUCUAGGCACGGUACGCAGCGAAAUCUUACUUUUCUUCGUCAGCUCCGUGACGAGUAGAAAGUCGACCGACCAAAGUCGAACAGACGCGGACGGUGCAGUUUCUCUUCUCUAAUACAUAUUAUAAUGCAUUAUGUUAUAUAACACUAUAAAAUAUAUAAACAAUUCACGCGUAUAUAUAUAAUACUAUAUUAUAUCCAUCGUAUAUGGUGUUUAUGACAAAAAAAAAAUUAAAAUUGUAAAAUAAUCGAUUAUCCGAAAACGUAUCACGCGUCAAUCGAACGGGCAGGUGACCAUUACCGUUGUGUGGAUGGGGACAGCUAGAAGACCAAAUCCACUCCGGAUAAAUUAUCGUUAUUCGAGAGCGUGCGACGUCGAUUUUUUCUCGACGGAUUCGUCCCUAAGGGUUACUUGCACAUAUAAUAUACAAUACAGAGACAAUCUUUGACUGGAGAUCACGCGCCUUCCGGGGAGGGGGGGGGGUGAGGCGACGUGCUUGAGUUUCGCCUUAGACGAUGCCCGUGUCACGGAGUACACAGCUCACUCAUUCGGAGUCCACGAGAUCGGACGAUCGUCGAUUAUUCGUCGGUCUCGAAGAUUCGGAAUUUUGUACGAGUAUACCUUUUUCGUAGUGCGAUAGCAGUAUUAUACAUAUUACAUCUUCGAAGGACGUGCCAUUCAUCGAUUAUCAAAAGAAUGUUAUCACUAUUAUUAUUAUUAUAAUUAUAUUAUUAUUAUUCGAUUGUGCUAAAUGUAUUUCUCUGUACUAUUCUGUACCGGUAUUCGGAUGUAGGUAUAUAUAAUUCAUAAAUAUAAAACAAAAAUUUUCUAUACUCGCAAGUAAUAAUUCAUUGUUUUCUCUUCAUCCGUUUGAAACGGAAUGAAAAAAUAAACACAAUCACUCUCCCUCUAUGUAUACACGCAUAUACAUAUUAUAUACAUAAAAUAUUAUAUAUACGCACAUCACGUCACAUGUACAUACACAAACACACUAUAUUCUGUCGGAUCGGAGGUCAAACAAUUUUUCAUAGUUUUUCGUAUAUUAUUUUUUAUUACCAUCGAACAAAGCGGAGGAGAUAUUUCUUUUAUCACACCCGCGUGAUUUCAGCUUUAAACACACAACGUGAUACCACUACCGCCGUAUUAUUAUUAUUAUUACUAAAAAACGUCGACGCGAGGUAAUGAGUUUGAACGCAUUUUGAGCGACUUUUUAAGAUACAAAAAUCCUUAAUACCUCUCACGACGUGGUUUUAUUUUUUCAGUUUAUCAAUAAUAGUUAAUCGGUUUGCCGAGAACGCAUUUUCGCGCAAGUAUAUUCACACAAUAUCUUUACUAGGUAUACUACCGUGGUUAAAUUACACCGGCAAUAAGCGAUAUGAUAAAUGUGUAUGCGACAUUGUACUCCACAGGGUAAUACAUUAAAAUAAUGAUUUUUUCGAGAGUAAAACUCUUCAGAAGAGAUCACUAUAUUUUCUUUUUCGUUUACAGAGGAAAAACAUUUAAUAAUGUAUAGACGUAUAGAGGCGUCUAUGAGCCAUGCUACCUUCGUAACUCUAAAGUAUGUAAUGUCGCAACAGUUAAAAUAAUAAGUAAUUACUGUUAAUAACGCGGUCCGAAGAUAUUAAAAUUACUACAAUACUUCAUUACAUCUUCUACGAAGAUAGUUCGCAAAUUCUAACACCGCACUAUCCCCGUGGCAUGGUUUCAAUACCGUUAUAUAUUUCAUAUGUAUAUAAUUAUUAUAUCAUAUACCUACUGGUUACUACAGCAACUACUAACAUUAUAGUAUAUAUUGAUACCUAUUACUAAGCCGUUAAAACUCCACAAAUGUAUACAGGGUGAUUAUUUUACUUUCGACGAGAACAGGUUAGACGCCGUGUACGAAUUCGUUUAUUAUUGUUUUCCAACUUUUAAGCAUAAACAUUAAACGUAUUUGAGUUACGAAAGUAACAGUAUAGUGAACACUGCUGUAGUCGUUAAAAUAUAAAAGUGCUAAAAUUCUAAAAACGCACCCGGACAAGGUGUGGCUUGGUUUGCGAUAAAAUCAAUAAUCGCCCUGUACAUAUAUAUAUAACCACCACGUGCACAAUGUAUAUUAUACACUCGACGUUACACGACAUAUAACAAUAAUAGGUAUAAUAUACGUUAAAAUUAAAUGAACUGAAAGAAUUCUAUUUACGGUCGCGACUUUAUAUAGCAGGUAUUAACUUCCCCUCCCCCACCCAUCCGGAUAAGUUAAGUCAGGCGUAUACGUAACAUCUACAACUAAAAGUCAAUUACCCGAUUACCGAACGGCGGAGCACGUUUUUAACAGACUUAUACACAGUAGUACAAUAAUUAUGAUGAUGAUAGUAAUAAUAGCAAUACACAUAAUAUAAUAAGCGUGUAUUAUUACAGUGAUUACACUGCAGUUUAACUCACCAAUGCCGUUUUUUAGCGCCGAGAUCGGAAGACGUCACCGGAAAAGUCCAAAUGAAUAGGUUACUAUCGGUUACGCAAUAUAUUUCUUGAUACAUAUAUGUAAUCCAAGUAUUGUUUGAUAAACAGUUUUAUUUCUUACGACCUAGACGUUUUGAAAAAAUUGAUAACGAUUUAAUUUCGCGCAAAAUGAAUUCGCGUCCAUGACAUGACGUUUUAAUCGUUAUCAAAUUAUAUUAACAAUUGUCGCGAAACGUUUAAAACCCAUUUUCCAAUAAUGUACGCUAACCUAAACUAAUAUAAUAUAGUAUCGUUAGAAUAAUAAUAUAAAUGAUCCGACCAGAUGUCGCCCAAUUAUUUAUUACAAAGUGUAUCACGGAGAUUUACAUUCUAAAUGUGACAAAUAUUCAUGAAACGCGUCCUAUAUAAAAUAUACCCUUCCGACCUUACUACGCACCUUCUUCUCAACGCUUUUCACUGCCUUUCGCUCUGCACAAUCACAUAAUAUACUAGUUUUUUUCACAUGUUCGGCUCUGAGAAAGCACCCGCCAGACCAUUCCGGUAUUUCUUUUGACGCGGUCAAAUUAGGUUUUUACACCCGGUUGCAGACACGACGAAGAAAUGUCAAUUUUUGGCUCAGUAUUGUAACUACAAUAUACGACUCCACAGCAGCAGCUCAUAUCGGACACCUGCAAAAGUAAUGGUGUUGCUCUCUUUGUGAAUGAAUAAAAAUUUAAAUACACCAAUUUGGAGGAUACCUGUCCUAAAAGUCACUGAAAUUUGUCUUGGCGCGUUAUUAGCUCCACAAAAACGCAAAAAUCGAUUUUCAAUUUCCAUUUAUGAUUUCGGCGAACACCGCCUAAAAUUAUUAUUAAAUUUGUUACAUACUGUAUUUCCAUGUUGCCCGCGUAGUAUUGUUAUAUUAAUAUUCUGUAUUCUUCUUCUUGUGUACGAGAAAAGGGAUGCGCAAUUAUAUCAUGAAUGUUAAUUUCAACAACUAGAUAAAAAUAACUAUUUCUUCACCUGUAAAACAAGAAUUGUAAAUAAUAAAUAAUAUGUUUAUUUAAAUAUA